AUGGGUUUGACGAACAAUGCAACGGCAACCGUCGAAUUCAAAUGGUGGUUCAUUGCUAUCGAUGUAUUAAUGAUCUUAUCAUCAAUUUUAUCAAUUCUACUUGCUCUUAUCUUUCUACUCAUUGUUUUAUUCAACAAAACAUGUCACACAGUACCGAUCAUGUUAACUACUAAUUCGUGUUUCACGCAAAUUCUCUACGGUUCAGUGAUACUAAGCUUGGCGACAUUUUCAUUGGAAAACGAUCGACAACAGAAAGUCUAUCAAGAUUCGUUUUGCACACUUCGUGGCUAUCUCGGCUAUGUCGGAACUGGUUUACUUCUGUAUUCCUUAGUUUUGGAAGCUAUUUAUCGAUACAUUGUUAUCGUUUAUCCAACUUAUCUUUCCUGGCAAUCAACAUGGACUCAACUGUUUUUAAUAUGUUUCAUCUGGAUGUUUUCUUUCAUAUCAACUUUACCAUCUUUGCUUAUGAAUGUGAUUCAAUACAGUUUUGAUGAUCAAAUCUGCUUAGUAUUCCUUCGAUUGUCUUUUCCUGUUAUAUACAACAUGUUGAUUACCUAUUUAAUUCCGAUUUCCAUCAUCAUAUCAAUAUACUUAAAACUGGUUCUAUAUGUUCAUUUCAUAGACAGUCGCCCAACAUCUAUUGCAAGAAUGUACAGAGUUCGUCGUAAUCUAUUCGUCGUACGUCGUAUAAUCACGAAAAUCCUUAUUCUGCUAGUCCUUGGCGUGCCUUACACAAUCUUUAUUAUCAUUUCGUUUUUUACAACUCCGCCAAAAUAUCAUUUGCGCAUCGCUACUUGUCUGCUCGUUUUAUCUCAAACACUGAUUAUGGUUGCGAUUAUCUUCUUUUGUCGGCCAGUAUCGAAUAUUCUCAUGAAAUUCUUACAUAUGACUUCGAAUUAUCGAAAGUGUUGGGAAACUGUUAACCACAAUGAACGCGUGUGUUUCUCCCGCGAUAAAAACGAUACAUCUCGUUUGGAAACGUGCGUGGUCAAUACAAACGUUUGUACUUCCAACGAGAGAGACAGUUUUGUCUUGAAAAUCUCCGAUGCAUAG